GAAAAAAGUUGUAAAUCAGAAGGAUAAUAUAUUAAAGUUUGCACGGGUGUAUAUAAAAAUGUCACGGGUAUUUGAAUACUUAUAUAUAACUUUAAUACCUGUGUAUAAGAUACCUUAACUUCUUUUCUACCACUUAGUCUCCGGUACAGUAAACUUUAUGUCUUCAAAUGUAUAGAAAAAAGUUUUAAACUUGAGUGAAAUAAAUGGAAACCUUUAUAUGUAUUGAAAUAAAAAAUGUCAGAUAAAUAUCGCCUUCCUGACUAUGAAGAGUCAGCAGUGACGUCUGCCCAAUAUUCUGCACCUACUCAAACUUCUGUAUCUCAACAGUAUACUGUAACUGACCCCGCCGGCACCCAACAACGUACAACGUUAACGCUAGACGCGUCAUCAGGAGUGUUUCAUAAAGGUGCCCGCUUUGACGAGUUUGCUAAACCCUCCAUACCGCCCCCACCACCCGGAUGCCCGCCGAAUCAUUUUCAACAAAUGCAAAUGGAAAAGGGCCAACUUAAUGUAGUGAUCACUAACUCUAAUGCUAAACAUCAUUAUGAAAACCACGCAUUCGACGACACCGAUAGCUGACACAUCGCGUGCGCGUUUGAACGCGGGUGCACGUGAGCGCGUGUGAACUUGCAGGCAUUUAUUAAAUCGUGUGCGAUAAAUUCAUUGUGAUAUGUCCAUGAUUUUUAUGUGAAAAAAACGACAAAAAAGGUGUGUUUUGGAAUUCCUAAAUAAAAGGUGUAACUUCACCACAUCAGAACAGCCACACAUGCACUCAAAUUAUAGAUAUCUCGUGCUAUCUUUACAAACAUACAGUUUUACAUAAUGUCCAUUUCUUUUCUUUUUUUGUAAUAAAAAGUAUUUGAGAUUCUUUUUAAAAUAUUAGCAUAUUUCGUGACAUGUAUGUUUAUAAAUAGUCCGUCACCGAAUAAUAUUUGACUUUGAUGACGAGAAAGAAAUAGAUAUAACUGCAUGUUAUUUUU